AUCAUCAACGACAGUUCUUGACAGCUCUUGCUCCCGCGCCUGAUUUCUCCACACCACCAACUUCCGAUUCACGACUGCGCGCGCGCGUGCCUGCUGCUGCCAUCGAGACCUCGGCCUGCGACCUGCGAACCGCCACCCGUGCGACCCGUACCGACGACGCGCAAUUUGGCCUCUUAACUUUCGAGCCAUUUGCACUUCUCAAGCAAAUCCCAAAGAAUCGACUCGCCCUCUGCAAGACAUUCACCUAGCUGCGAACCACCCGCUCGCCCUUCAAAAUGGACGCCAUCUCAAUCGAAGAGGCGAACAAAAUCCGGGUUGCCAUGGGCAUGAAACCCCUCCCGGUGCCCGGCGCAGACAACACCAGCGGACCCGUCUUCAAGGAGCCCAAGGCCGAUGGCGACUCCGAUGAAGAGCCCGCCAGCACGCUCGAGACACGGUCAGCGGCGGGCUUCGACAACUGGAAGAAGCUGCAGGAAGAGCAGGAGGCCAAGGUCAAGGCGCAGGCUCGGAAAGAGGCUAUCAAGAAAGCUCGCGACCAAGCUCAGAGAUUUGCUAAGCUCGAGGGCAAAGGUCUUGGUGAUGCCGAUGAUGAUGUAGAUGCGAAGACCUGGCUGGCGGGGCAAAAGAAGCGCCAGAAGAAGAUUGACAAGGCAAGGCGCAUGGAGCAGGAACUCGCUGAGCGCGAAGCGGAGGCCCAGGCGCAGUAUACGGCUGCGGACUUGGCUGGUGUCAAGGUCGCGCACGAGCUGGAUCAAAUUCAAGAGGGUGAUGAGCACAUCCUGACGUUGAAGGAUACGGCAGUUGAUGACGAGGAGGAUGGCGACGAACUUGAGAACGUCAACCUCAGGGAUGUUGAGCAGGCCAACGAACGGCUGGAAUCCAAGAAAAGGAAGCGCGCCUAUGACCCGAACGCAGAUAUUGGCGGGCAGUCGAUUCUCGCGCAAUACGACGAGGAAAUUGAUGGCAAGAAGAGAAAGGUCUUCACUCUCGACGGCCAAGGACGUACUAAAGAGGAAGCUGAGAUGGCCGCGGCGGAGGGUUCUAGCGGAAGGACCGUCAAGAUCAGUCUGGAUAUACUCAAGGACGACACACCUAUCUCAGACUACAUCGAUCCCUCGCAAAUCAAGAUUAAAAAGCCGAAGAAGAGUAAGAAGAAGGAAAAGAGAAAGAAGGCAGUUGAUGAAGAUGACGCUUUCCCCAUGCCAAAUGCCACGGAAACUCCAGCCGCACAGGAAAACGGGGACAUGGACGUGGACCAGGCUGUAGCGAAACCUGCGCCUAAAAAGCAAAACUUCGACAACAUCAUCGAUGACGAGGACCUACAGGCGCAGCUCGCAAUGCAGCGGAGAGCAGCCUUGAAGAAGAGGAAGAAGGUCCGUCCGGAGGACCUGGCCCGGCAGUUGCGCGAAGAAGAAUCCGCAACUCCCGGCGUCGUCGAGAGCACCGAAGCACCUGACGAAGAGCCUGGCCUCGUCAUCGACGAGACUACCGAAUUCGUCGCCAACCUUCAAGGACCCGCGGAGCGUCCCGAGCGGCAGCGCAGGAAAUCGUCGCAGCCACGCCAAGCCUCGGAAGCAGCGGAUGCGCCCAACCCCAUGGACGCGGAAGGCGAUAUUGACAUGGACCAGUCGUACGCGGCCGUCGAGGAGGAAGAGGAGCGCAGAGCGCGCGAAGAGCGCGAGGGUCGCAGCGUCUCCGGCGCGCCGGCCGACAUCACAGCCACGGGACUCGACGAGGAAGAGACGGUAGACCGGGGCCUGGGGGCGACGCUGGCACUGCUCAAGCAGCGGGGGCAGAUCCGCGACGCGAACGGCGGGGACCUCAACGCCAAGUUCAUCGAACAGCAACGCUUCCUGGCAGAGAAGCACCGGCUGGAAACAGACGCCGAGGUGCGCGCCAAGAUGCAGCGCGAGCGCGACCGGCGCAGCGGCCGCCUCGAGCACAUGUCUGCGCGCGAGCGCGAGGCCAUGGCGCAGAAGAGCAACCAGGACCGCGACCGGCUCGAGUCGCGCAAGAUGGCGGACAUUUUCAACAAGGAGUACAAGCCGAACGUGGACCUGAAGUACGUGGACGAGUUUGGCCGCGCGAUGAACCAGAAGGAGGCGUUUAAGCACCUGUCGCACCAGUUUCAUGGCAAGGGGUCUGGCAAGCAGAAGACGGAGAAACGCCUUAAGAAGAUUGAGGACGAGAAGAAACGUGAGGCUAUGAGUAGCUUGGAUAGUAGUCAGAGCUCGGGCAUGAAUAGCGCUAUGGGCGCUACGGCGAGGAAGAAUCGCCAGGCGGGCGUGCGGCUGCAGUAGGGUCGUGUGGUGGGGGGCUUGUAGGGCUGGGUGCUUGUUUUGGGGUUGGGUGCUGGUGGU